UGUUAUAUUUCUUGCAUGUACAUGUUAUUGGUGUUUUUUUUUUUUUUGGAGAGUAUGUUUGCCUUGCACCAUUGUGUCUAUAUAAUCAAUUAUCAUUUGCAUUGGACAAAAUUCUAACUUCAUUGUCACGACAAGAUAUUGUGGAAAGGCAGCCAUGGCUAAUAGAAAGGCUAGUAAACGACCUUGCACAAUGGCUGAGGCAAUACAAAUAAGUUUAUCUGAGGUGGUACAGGAUCCAACACCACGACCGUUGGAGGAUACACAACCAUCUCAAGUAACGCAACCAUCUCAGGCUCCACACAUGCCUCAGCCAAUACAACCGCCUUCAAAUGAAACGGCUCAUGAGACUUCUAUGAAGAAGUGUGGUCGAGGCAGUGUUAAGGGCAUUCACCAAUGGGGUUCUGGAAGUAAAUUAAAAGUCAUGUUUGAUAAUGAUUUCCAGCCAUUGGGAGAUGAAGGCAACAAAUUGAAAGGACAAUUGGGCACAAUGCUACGCAACCCCCAUCGAGUUCCCUUGACUUAUCUUGACUGGAAUUCAGUACCUGAAGAGAUCAAAAUCGCUAUUUGGAAGGAGAUUGAGGAUAACAUUGAGGAUUGUCCGGCAGAGUUUCAGCCGGUAGCCAUGCGUUCAUGUAACAAAAUAUGGAAAGAUCAUAAGGGUAAGACAAAGGAUAAAUAUUAUACUAAACAUGAAGAAGAUCCAGAUAUAUUGUUGAAAGUGCCUAAGAGAGUAUUGCCAGAUCAGUGGAAAGAACUUGUGAGUUAUUGGAGGACUAAGGAUGCCAAGUUAAUAGCAACCAGGAACUCCCAAAAUCGAGAGUGCCGUGGUCCGCAUCAUAGGACUGGGCGGACACAUUUCGCCCAGAUUAGGCAUGAGAUGAGUGCAAAUGGAGAGAACACAGACAAAAUGAGUGUCUUCAUCAAGACACGUGACGAAAAUGACCCAGACAUGAAGGCCGUUGUGGAAGAAUUUAUUCAAAACCUUGCUGAAAUACCAGAGUCACUUCAGACAACAGAGGUUCGAAACAAGAUUUUCCAUAAUGUGUUAGGAGAGGAUGGACAUGGUUAUUGCAAAACCUACGGUGCCGGUGUGCCUCGGAGUGCAGUUUAUGGUCAAUCUUCCAGGUCGUCACAUGCCUCCUCUUCUUCCACUCUCAAUGAGAUCACUAGGCAAGUACGUGAGGCCACUCAAGUGAUUGAGCAAAGGCUAAGCAUUGAGAUUGAGCAAAGGCUAAGCAGUGAGAUUGAACAGAGGCUCAUAAGAGAGAUUGAGCAGAGGUUCGUGGGAGAGAUGGAGCGUAUGCUUAAUGAGAAGUUGAUGGCUCAUCUCGAGCAUAUGGGGGCUCAAAUGGCCUUAUUUCAGACCGAUGGAGGGACAAAUCAGACGGAACAGGUUUCGAAUGUCACUAACAGGCAACCUAUAAUUAAGGCCUCUGUGGGAAAUGACUUCCAAGAUGGUGACCAAGGUUCCUCUCCUUUAUCAGCACAUUCUCCACAACUUGAUAGACAGGAUGGUCAAAAAGUAUGCUUGGUGAGUUACACUAUUCCAAAACACGAUGUGGCAGAGGGAAUUGUUAUUAGUAAGGACCCGUUGGUGAAAGUAGACGGAAAGCCAUUGGGUUCUGAUUUUUGGAAAGUGCUUGUUAAAAAAGCAAAAAUACCCAAUGCUUCUUUGGAAAGACCUCGCAAAAAAUUUCACACAGUUGGAGAAGCUGUUGGCUGCGCUGUUGCUUGGAGGUCUUGUGAUGUGUUUGCCGAGGAAUAAAGUGUGCAACAAUGAACAAGCUAGAUGCAAUAUUUUGGGUUCUGCUUAUUUUGCAUUCUAACCGAGGUUCCUAUUUUGUCGAGGACUUAACUAUGCAACGAUCAAGAAGAUGCAAAUAUUUUGGGUUUCACUUAUUUUGCAUUGUAAUGUUAACCGAACUAAAUUGUGUUCCUAUUUUGUUUGACGUACUAUUGGCUAUGUCUAUUUUAGGUUUUAUUUCCGAAACAUAUUACUCCUGGGAGUAUUCGAGUACUGUUGUAUAUAUAUGGACCUCUUGGGAUUGAAUGAAUGGGUAAGUUGUGAAUAUUAGCUGCAUUUUUUGAUCGAAUGAUG